UAAUCUGACCGUCCAUCAGUUUAGACGAUGAUAAACUUUAAAACAGAUUCAUUUAAGUUACUAACAGUGAUCGGUUCAAGUUAACUCAACAUCUUUUCCUCAAGUCCACCAGUCAACUCCUUAAACCAAUUUGAUUAAUAUUAUUUAAUUGUAACCAUGUUUUCCACAAAAUUUUUAAUUUGUUUAACUCUCGGAAUUGUUUUGUUAAUUGUAAACCCUUGUGAGGCUCAAAGAAAGCGAACCAAACCUUUACCAGAAUGUCACUGGGAAGGAAUGGAUGAAUGCAUCAAACCGCUCUUCUACUUCAGCCAUCGACCCAAUACAACUGGACUUGCCUUGAAUCGCCGAGAACAUGCUUUGCUUUGCAGGUCAAUCAAAAAUGUAACUGAUUGUGUCCAAGAUUUCUUUACCCGGUGUGGAACUGCCUUGUCGCAGGAAAUGUUUGUUUUGGUCAAUGAAGUUUAUGUCAACAAUGUGAAACCAUUUUGUCGCAAUGGAGACACCAAAAACAAUUACUUGGAACAUGCAAGAUGUGUAAAUAAUGUUCAAUUGACUCAACAAUUUAGACGUAAAUGUGUAAGCAGAUUCCAGGCCACAUUGGAAAGCAUGGAGGAACAAGUUGAUUACUCUAAUAGAAUCGGAUUAGCUUGUUGUGGAUAUCGAGCUUGGCUUGAUUGCUCUACAGAGUCUAUAAAAGAGGAAUGCCAACCUGGAGAUAAUGCGGCUCAAGCCUUUAUUGAUUAUUUCAAUGCCUUCACUGGAGGUGUCCCUCGCUAUGUGUGCCAACCAAAGAAAUAUGAUCCUGAGUCAAAGUUUUGUCGCAAGGUUUUACCCACCGUUCGUCGAAGACCAAAAGGACGUAACAGUGACAAUGUUUUCUCCAAAUAUUUUUCACUCUUCUAUCCAAACAUUGGCUUUUAAAUAAACUGAUCUAAUUUUUAUGUUUUAAUAUUAUAUAAUUGGAAUAAAAUCUUUUGCCAUUGCA